UAUUGACCUACGGAUUUAAACUUGAUCCCGAAGUCGGAGUAGCUCGCUUAACAGUUGAAUAUAAAUUCUCAGUCAACACCCCGCGUUCCUCGCUUCUCCACAAUUCCCAAUCACACCCAAACUCCAGAACUUACCCCAACGCGGACGGACUUAAACAUAUGCAGGAAAACCCAUCAACUAAUAACCACACUAUAAUGUCCUCUCCCCCACCCCCAGCAAACCCACUUCACCUCCCACCACACCUCACCACUCUCCUCACACGCCUACACACCCAAUCCCUGACACAAGAAAGCACCCUCCCCGCGUCAACUUACAAAGACACCAGCACCUCCACUUUCGACACCCUCAUGCGCGAUAAAUUCAUUGCUCUCGAAGAAGAGAAAUGCCAUUUCGUGUACCAGAUCAUCCGCAUGAUCGAUGCACGGUAUGUUGUUGAGGCGGGGACGAGUUUUGGUGUUAGUACGAUCUAUUUGGCGUUGGGGGUUGGGGAGAAUGUUAAGGAUGGAGAUGGGAAGCAGGGGAAAGUUGUAGCUACGGAGAAAGAGAAGAGUAAAGCGGAGGUGGCGAGGAGGCAUUGGGCUGAGGCGGGGAAGGAGGUUGAGAAGUGGAUCGAGUUGAGAGAGGGUAAUUUGUUGGAGACGCUAAGUGAGGGACUGGAGGAGGGGGUGGAUUUGUUAUUGCUUGAUAUCUGGGCUCCACUUGCUCUUCCCACGUUGAAGAUCGUGCAGCCUAAGCUGAGAAGAGGCGCGGUUGUUAUUGCUGAUAAUACUGUAAGUGGCAAAGAUCGGUAUGGAGACUUGUUGACUUACAUGAGAGCGGAAGGGAGUGGGUUUAGAAAUUUGACGGUUCCGUAUCAAGGGGGAUUGGAUGUCAGUGUUUAUCUUCCAUGAUACAGUACUGUGAUGAUUUUACGACGCCCCUGAGAAGAGGAUUUUUGGACCAGUUGAGCUAGUAUUGAAACAUGAUUUGAUUAUUACAG